AUCGGAGAGAUCAACGGAGAAGCUAAGAAAAUGGAAGAUGUGUUGUUGCCUGGAUUUAGGUUUCAUCCAACGGACGAAGAGCUAGUGAGUUUCUAUCUAAGGCGGAAGGUUGAGCAUCGCCCGCUCUCCAUCAAGCUCAUCACACAGCUCGACAUCUACAAAUAUGACCCAUGGGAUCUUCCAAAGUUUGCAAUGACGGGUGAGAAAGAAUGGUACUUCUACUGUCCAAGAGAUAGAAAGUAUAGGAACAGCACGAGGCCGAAUCGAGUGACCAGUGCUGGAUUCUGGAAAGCCACGGGAACAGACAGGCCGAUAUACUCAUCGGACGGAAGCAAAUGCAUUGGUCUGAGGAAGUCACUUGUGUUUUACAAAGGAAGAGCUGCUAAAGGAGUUAAGACAGAUUGGAUGAUGCAUGAGUUUCGCUUGCCUUCUUCAUCAACACAUUCGGAUACUCAUCUAUCUCCCAACGAUUCAUGGGCUAUAUGCAGAAUAUUUAGGAAAACAAGCACAACGGCUCCUAAAGCUAUCCCUCACUCCUUUGUUUCAUCUUUACCGACAGAGGCAAGCACCGAUACAGAACCCUACGAAAAAUCAUCAAACACAUCCCACAUUUCUCCAGAAAAUAGUGCCUCCUUCAACUUUUACAAGAAAAAUAUGAAUGUGACCAAACCACGUUCUUCUUAUUAUGAUGAGAAAGAAGUUACCAAGACUAGUACAUGUACAAGUACUAGUCCCUUUUCUUACAUGGAUUUCACUUCCUCAGCCAGUCCUGGUCCGUGUGCAGACCAACAGUACCUAAGAAGCCUCUUGCUUGCCUCACAAGAAACACAGCCAUCUCAGCUUCCAAAGUUCAUCAACAACAACGAUAUCUCGUCGUUUUUGCUAAACACGUCAUCAUCAAAUUCAUCAUUUCUUGGAGGAUACACAAACCAGAUAAGCUCAAAUAUUGAUCUCACCACUGCAAUAUUGGCCCAGGAGCAGUGUCCUGCUCUUGUUAAUCUGUCCCAAGAGUACCAAGAGGUUGGUUUUGAAGAAAACAUUGAUGAUGCAAAUCAAGAUCAUCAUCACAAACUAAAGUUUGGUGAUGUAUCUUCAACUAUGGUUGGAGAUCAACAUCAAAAUCAGAGGCAUCACAUGUUGAUGGAGAGUUACUAUUCCUCAUUUUCCACAACUAAUGACGAUUUGCCUACUUGCUUUUCCAUUACUUGAUAAUAUUCAAUAAGUUAGUUGUAUCAAUGCAUCUUUUGCUUUUCUUAGAUUGUUCUUUCAAAUUUGUGUGUUUACUUUUGUUUUCUCCUUCACAAAGUUGAGGUUCACUCCAUCACGCUCACAUCGCAAAGGACUAGAAACUGGCUAAAGACCACAGAGAGAGACCAAAUAAAUCAAAACAGAGUCCAAAAUAGCUAAAUUCAGAACAAGUCUUACUGUUAAUCAAAUAUUUAGAUAAUAAACACAACCACUACUACUAGGAAUGUUAAUUGGGAUGUCCAUGUCCAGAUGGACAAUCAAUUUUCUGGGAUAUUAUUGAUCAAAACCCAAAUUGUACAAUAAUAAUUGAGCUGUCCACAGGACCAAAUAAAAAUCAUACUUUACAUACUAAAAUUCAUAUUUAACAUAAAUUCAUAUAUUUUACAAAAUCCGUAAGCAUGUUAAACUUCAUACAUUAAAGUUCAUACACAAUCCAAAAAACAUAUUAAAUUUCAUACAUUAAGUUCACACACAAUCCAAAAGCAUAUUCAAUUUCAUAUGAUCAUAUACUCCAAUCAAAAUGAAAACAUUUAACAUAAUCACAUACAAAUCAGACACCAACUUUGAUAACAACUUCAGUCUUGAUAUUU